UCUGCCGAAUUAAUUAGUAGACAUUCAUCUGUCGUUCGUGUGUAUCUGCACGCUUCAGCUAGCGGUGAAGGUAAGAUCUUGAGGCACGACACCGUGCAGCAUUUAGGAAAUUUUGAUUGAGCAACUUCCCUAAUAACUUACAGUAAUCCAGAUUUAUCCAUAUGUAGUCGUGUGAAGUGUGUUUACACACAUGUCCACAUGAGUGUUUUGCUGACCCAGCCUAACCAGUGAUUCACCACACUCCUCCAGACUCAUUACAUUCAGCGGCACAGUCAGAGGAGACGGAAGAGGACUCGAGGAAAGGGACGAGGGACAAUAAAGUGCCCUUGUUCCUCUCUCAUAGAAGCUCACAGGGUUUGGGUCAUUUAGGGGAACUGGAGGAGGUAAUAGAUAGAAGAAGAGAAGUUGUGGACUUCAUGACUAAGGAUUUCCCUGUGACUGUUGAUCGCUCUCCCUCUCUCUUUCUCUGUGGCAAUUGGUCACGAGUGGCGGCGCUGUCAGCCAACUCAGUCUCUAGUAUAAGAGCCACACUUCAACAUGAAGGCUCUGUAUUCUGUUAAGACACCACUUGGGUUUGGACUUACAUGAGGAUUGUGUAUCUGUGACGAAUAGGACAAGAUAAUCAUUGACCGGCCUGUCUACCACAUGCAUAUAAGUUUUUCAGCCCACUCAUAGGCAGGCACCCAGUCAUGUAGAGAGCAGCGCGUGGAGGACACCCAGAUCACUUUCAGCACUUUCUACACAAAGAGACGUGACGUAAUGACGCAAAGAUGAAUGGCUGCAUGCUCGAAUUUCCCCCGGAAACCCACCAGUACUGCUCUUAUUAUAAAACAUUAUUACAAGCUUACCGUUGUGAAUCGAGCUAAGACACCCCACCACUCUUCGGGCUGGACUGCACGGCGACAGCAGCCCGCCCCCCGCGUCCCCCAGCCAUGUCGUCACGCAUCGGUCUGCGCCUGCAGCUCAUGCGGGACCAAAUGCAGCAGGAGGAGCAGCGGGAGCGGCAGCAACAACAGGCAGCAUCCAUGCAUUACAUGCAGCAUCGCAUGCCCGGCCCACCUGCACCCUCGUCAGCCAUCAGUGCACCAACUCACUUCCAGGCGCCCAUGCAGGUGCCUGUUGAAGUGCUAAAAGUGCAGACCCAUCUUGAGAACCCCACAGACUACCACAUUCGACAGUCUCAACGGCAGCAAGUCAAGGAGUACCUGUCCACCACAUAUGCCACCAAGCAGACUGUACACGCUGUCACAAGCUUGGUACAGCCCUCUCCACCCACCAUGGCCCAGGGUCAGACAGGAACCAUCCAACCAUCCAUGCCCUCUCCUUGCAUGCGCACUGAGCAGCUCAUGACCUCCGCUGGGAACAGUGCGCCCAACAGUCCCAUGGCCAUGCUCAACAUCGGCUCCAGCCAUGAGAACGAGAUGGAUGAGGUUAUUGAUGACAUCAUCAGCCUGCAGUCCAGUUAUGAUGACAUCCAGGCUUAUAUUGACCCUGUGGUCCAGAUGCCAAACACACUCCCACUGUCCAGCAGCCAUUUGGAUGUGUACACGGGGCCAGGUAUGCCUGGAUCAGCUAUCGCCAUGACCAGCAACUCCUGCCCUGCAAAUCUGGCCAUAAAGAGAGAACUGUCAGAUGCUGAAGCUCGGGCAAUGGCUAAAGAGAGGCAGAAGAAAGACAACCACAACCUGAUUGAAAGAAGGAGAAGGUUUAACAUCAAUGAUCGAAUUAAGGAGCUGGGCACCAUGAUUCCCAAAACCAAUGAUCUGGAUGUGCGCUGGAAUAAAGGCACUAUUCUGAGGGCCUCUGUGGAGUACAUUAAACGCAUGCAGAAGGACAUCCAGAGAACCAGAGAGGUGGAGAACAACUUCAGGAGGAUGGAGAUGGCCAACAAACAGCUGUGGCUUCGCAUUCAGGAGCUUGAAAGGCAGGCCCGAAUGCACGGCCUCCCCAGCACCUCUCCAUCCGGCCUGAACAACACUGACGUUCUAAACCCCUUCGUCAAGCAGGAGAACAGCCCUGAAGAGAACCACCUCCCACAUCAGCCUCAUCUCCCUCCUCACUACCCCCAGCAUCAGCAGCACAUGGGUCAGCAGCAGCCCCUGCCCCACCCUCAACUCCACCAACACCAGCACCAGCACCAGCACCUCCACCCCCAGCCCCCACUGCAGUACCCAGCAGUGGGCAGCUCCCAGCACUUUGACUAUGCCCAGUCGCUGGACUUGUGCGACGGCGGCAUCCCGGGAUAUCAGGAUGGCAUGGGGGACCUCGGCUCGUUGGGCGGAGGUGUCGCACCUAUGGGAAAGAAGAGUGAGCUAGGAUUCUUGCUGAUGGAAGAGGCCCUGUCGCCGCUGGGAGGAGACCCGCUGCUGUCCGCCAUGUCCCCCGAGGCUUCUGUUGACAGCAGCCGCCGUAGCAGCUUCAGCAUUGAGGACUCAGACAUACUGUGACCUGGACAGUCUUGGGUGUCACUGCACCACAUUCAUAUGAUGCGACAUGUACACACACACAGAUAUCACAUUUAGUCUGGCACACUGUUAAUGGGGAAAGGUACGAUUUUGAUGCGUCUUGCCACCAUGAAAUUAAAGUUUAGCUACCUUUUCAUUUUUUUAAUCUGACAUGCAACAUUUUUGCUCCACAAUUGUCACAGACAUGAAAAUAUGCACAUGUUGAUAGAUGCAAUAUAGACUAACUAAACAAAGAGAACUGAUAUGCUUGAAUUCUGUCACCCAGAAUUGGCUUAUAUUGAAACUUUUGUAUAAAGAUAUGUACUCAGAUACAUAUAGAUUGCCUUGAAGGCUGUGAAAAAGUGGUUUUGAGUCUGAACUUUUAUACUCCGUGCCAUAUAACAGUAUAUCUUUUAAAUAGUCUAAAAAAAUUAAAUAUGCCUUUUAGAUAUAUUCACCCGAGAAUUGUAACAGUCCAAACCACACACUCACAUUCUCUAUCUUUAGAAUUAUAUAUUUUUAGCUUUGACAUGCGUCAGUCUUUUCCCACAUGUGAGACUCUCACACACACUUAAUGUCCUCUAAAUCCAGACAGAAAAUGAUUAUUGGAGCAUUUUUUUUAUUAUUUAUUUUGAAUUAUACCGCCACAUCUGAGCUCUUAAACACAGUGCCUGCUGUAUCAGAGCAAUAUGCAAAGGCAGCUUAUCUUAAGACAGUUUAUCAAAAAGCAGGAAGGACAGGGUUCCCACAGCCAUGGAAAAUCUGGAAAUAUCAAGGAAUUGUGAUUUCUUAAUUUAGAUUAAUACAAUCUUGAGACUUUGAGUGAAUUUGUUUUUGUUAUUCGGUUAAAUGAGUCAGCCAAACAGAUUCACAAAAAUAGUCUGAAAGAUUCAUUAGUGAAUCAGUCUGAAUUUGAAUGAUUCUUAAAAGUCCUUUUCCACCAAUCACAAACAGGUUUACAAAACAUUCUGAAUGAUUCAUUAGCGAAUCAGUCUGAAUUUGAAUGAUUUUUUUAAUGCCCUUAUCCACUAAUCACAAACAGAUUCAUAAAACAGUCUGAAUGUUUGAUUGGCGAAUCUGUCAGAAUUGGAAUGAUUCUCAAAAGUCCUUUUCCACCAAUCACAAACAGGUUCACAAAACAAUCUGAAUGAUUCAUUAGUGAAUCAGUCUGAAUCUGAAUGACUGUUAAAAGUCACAUUGAAACGUAAAAGGUCCUAGAAAAUUCAUUGGUUAAAGUGUGUGGGAACUCUGGAAAGGCAAUGUAAUGUCCAUGCAGAGAAAUGCAAGAAGAAAAAAGAGAACAGCAGCAUGUUUUCAUUGAUCAGGAUAGGUCAUACUCUGGUGUGACUCUCCACCAAUAUAGAGAGACUUGGAAAUAAAGCAGGGGUGUCCAAACUCUGUCCUGUCACACACCUCAGCCUCAACACACCUGCCUGGAAGUUUCUAGUAUGCCUGGUAAGACCUUGAUUUUCAGGUGUGUUUAAUUUGGAGCUAAACUCUGCAGGACAGUGCAGUAGCCCUCCAGGAUCAGGAUUGGACAUCCCUGUAAUAAAGGUAUCAAAAGAAACCUUCCAUAUUGCAUUUUAGCAUUACUUUUACACAGCUUUAUAGCUGCUUUUGUCAUUGUUGAGGAAGAAACAAUGACACCAGGCUUCUGUUUGCAUAACAGACCAGACCAGGUGCUAGUGUGACAGUACGUUCAGUGGACAGUGCAGCAGAAUACAACAUAAAUUAACUAGUUAGUCCUGUUGCCACACACUCCUAGUAAAGUGCCUUAAAGCCAAGGCCGGAUUCUUCAAGAAGCACCCACUCAAAUGCCCUCUUGUAUUGGCAUGCUGUAAAAUAAAGCCGACAGCUGUGAGCGCCGUUUGUCCAACUGAAGUUCAUACAGCCCAAGGUGCCUUUCAGGGAACCUGGAUCAACGUGAAAUUUGAUCCAGCUUUUGAGCUGUACACUGAAGGAAGUUUAAUAUAUAGAAAAAGUACAUGUAUUAUUAUAGUUUUUUUUUUUUUUUUUUUCCCCAAAGCACUGGAAAAACUAUUUUAAUUUUAUUGAUAUUAUAAAGAUUUUAUGAAGUGAGUUUUAUUUCAAAUGUUUUAUGCCACUAAGCCAUUUAAAUGUAAUUUAUCUGUUUUUAUUUUAUUUUUUUCUAUAUCACUGCCGAGCCAUUGAAAUAUAAACAUAUUUCUGCCAUUCUAUUAUACAAAUGGCAAGUGCAGAGCCAUAUUAUAUUUUUCUUUUCUUUCUUUUUUUUUUUUUUUUUCGUGUGUGUACAGAAUCGUUAAAACAUAUUAGGCUUUUAAGAGAUUUAAAGAACAAUGUGUAAUGUUGUUUUUAUAUUGAUUUUAUUCCUUUUUUUAAGAAAAAGACAGUUGAGGAAAAGUGAUACUGUUGAGUAGUGAUUCAUUGUUUUCAUUCAAUUUUAAUUAAAACUUUGAGAAUGUGAAUUUUAUGUAUUGUACAGAUAAACUAAGGUGGCUUGUAAACUGCCUGUGUUGAACAUGAGCUUUAAUAGAACCUAUGCGCUGUCCUCAGAAACAGUAUGAUGCUCUUCCAGUGUCUUAUUAACCACCUCUCCCUGUUUUACUGCUUUAUUGUUUUAAAGGUAUAGUUCAUAGGUGCUGAAAUGGCACCAUUCAAACCUCAUGAAUUAGUAUUGAAAAUACUGGAGAGACACUUUUUGUGAUAGUGUAUUUUCUGCAUUAUUAUUGCAGGUGUAUGAUUAACUGCCUGGAUCAUACACUGAAUUCAGCCAAGUUUAAACCAGCCAACAACUCUUAUUGUGAGUUGGUUACUCUAUGCAAAUCUUUGACUUGGUUAGCUAUAAUAGGCGUAGCGUAGCAAAAUAAGCAAGGGCAUUUUGGAUAGCAUAGCAGGAAGGGGCUUCUAAUUUUGCUUGUGUGACUUUUUUUUUUUUUUUUUUUUUUUUUUUUUUUUUAGCCAUGCACCAAGAAUGAAAAGGUUUGCCAUUUAAGAAUGAAGAUAAAUCACUUGAAGUAAAGAGUGUGCUUUGGUAAAAUAUCUUGAUGAUUAAAAAGAAAAAGAAAAAAAAAAAAACACUGGCAUUUCAUUAUACAGCAUGCUGAAAGACAAUACAAGCAGAAUGUGUCUCAAGUUUUUACCAAAACCCUCUGAAGGCCUUGAGAAUGUUUUAGUACUGUGGAUGUGUCAUGUUUAUGGGAUUUGCUUUUUCAUAAUUCUCUGGAAGUAAAUGACACCUCACAUUAAAUGUAUUUAAGUUGAUGGUA